AUGGAUGAUUUAGACCACAGCGUGCUCAUAGCGGAGCAGGACUGGAAUAAGUUCUACGAGGAGAGUGAAGAAUGCUCCCUCCAACAGCCUGAUCUGGCCCAAUCAGACGACUCAGGGCUCAGUGACGCUGAAGAGAGCAGACACGCAGUUCCGGAACUUUCUCGACCCAUCCAAUCCAGCCUUGAACAUCCUGCAGUCUCCGGGGAAGGGACAUCUGAAUCACAGACAGACUUAGUCCAAGGUUCUGAAUCCGGAAUCCCGUCGGAGCAACCCGACAACACAAACAACCUGAGGACAGAUAACCCGGAACCUGAACUGCGAAUUCCAGAGGAGAAGUGCACACGGCAGCCUGGGCAAAGAGCACUGAGUGAUUCAAAUAACGCAGGAGCCAUCCCCUCGUGCCUGGCCUUUGAGGUUAACGCAGAAGAUCAUGACAAGAACCUCACCAAAGAGCAACAAAACUAUUCAAAGAAUCCGGGAGGACAACAAGAUGAAAGGCAAACAGAGGAUAAGACUGACCAAGUCAUUGUAGAACCAGUUACUCAUUCACCUUGUGGCCAAGUUAACAGACAUAGCAAGGUGCUUGAGCAACAGGAGACCUCAGAAACAGUCACCCGGGUUACAGACGACGUUGCAGGUCAGAAAACAGAGAAGGAGCGCUGGUUUGUGACCGUUAACGACAGUCCGGCGCGACUGAGAGCAAGCGUCUGCGCUUCUGGCCAAAAAAAAAGAAGAAAAAAAAAAAGCUCUAGAAAGUCGACUCACCGCCGCCCAACGUCAGAGGGACAGUGCCCUCUUUUUAGGAGUGAGACAGAGGCAGAGGGAGAAGGAGAUAACGAAUCAGAUGCAAAAGACAACCAAUUUCCAGAACUUCAACAUUCGAACACAAUUCCUCGCAAAGUCCCACAAAAUCUUCAACUACAGGAUGAGCAUUUGUCGCAGUCAGGUCAUGUGAUAGGUGAACCGAUGCAUUGUCCCGAGGGGACAGAAGGUCAGGAACCAUCUAACGAGAGAACCGCGAUAUUGGACGAGGCGCUUGGCCCGACUCGACCGAUCUAUGCCAUCUCCUCCUUCUGGGAUGAGAUGGAAAAACUGACCAUAAAUGACAUCUUGCAACUUAGAAUAGCUAAUAACAGGUCUCCACUGAGAAUGCGCAUUGACGAGGAGACUGCCCCUACGGAUGACAACAUCCUCCAUCUAAUGGAUCAGGGUCAGGGCAGUUCUAAAGAUGAAAGUUUACAGGACAGUGUUUCGGUUGAUGACACUGCAGACUCUGACUACUUCACACAUUUGGACGACUCCAAGCCAGACCGCUCAAGCUGCGAAUUCUCUACUUUCUCUGAUUUCGACGAAGAGUUUCUGCAGAUUCUGCAAAGCGUGAGUGCAACUCCUACUCCUGAGCCUCAAGACGCUGAAGAGAAAAAUCAAAGUUUUCUGGAAUCCACUGACACGAAAGUGUUCUACCAAGAUCAGACUUUGGAAGCAACCAUCCUGAGCCAUCACCGUAAGUCAGAAGACCUUAUGAUGCUGCGCUCUGAAAAUGGAACCCCUCUGUACCUCUUUCCAAACUCAGACUCACAGGACCUACUCCUAAGCACUUGUCAGGACCCAGAUUUGAGCCCUAUUAUUGUGGAAGGUAGCAAUGCUGUGAGAGCAACACCCUCGCCCGUUUUAUCCGUUAGCGAUAUUCUAGAUGACCAUUUCCUGAUGUCCUUACAAGAGAUCUUUAAAGAGGAUUGUGACGAACAGGAACCUCGGGCAAGGUCGUGGGACAGACCCAGAUCCACCGUCCCAAUUCCAUACUCGGACAAUUUGUCCGUGUCCGAGUCCUACGAUUAUUUUUUCUCGGAUUUUGAGGUUGGAAAUCUUUUCUUCCCUUCAAAGGAAGGCUUGCAGAAAACCGAAGAGAAGACGGUCCCUAUAUUUUCCACCUCUCACCCUGUGGUAAGAGACGCGGCCUUCCCAGAGGUGGAGGAAAUCGUAGAAACAGAGGAGGAAGAUGAAUGUGCUCCAAUCCGGGUGAUGACUCGCUUUAGCAGCCAAUCCCAGCACAGAACAGAGGCCUCAGCCACUCCAGAUGCGUACUUUUACACAAACCAAAGGAGAAACUGGAAAAGCCUGUUCUCUCUAAGAAGAAUCCGACUUCCUGAAAAAGGAAUGAGUUGGUGCAGACAGGCCAGUUCCUGGGUCUUUCCUGCAAUUGCCAGGAAGGCAGACUGCACUGUGUGGGAAUCUGAGUGCACCAGUGCAAUACCUAAGGUUGCCACAGUCAGUCCUACACACCCCACUACACUCCAACUGGACGACCUGCUCCUCCAACGGUUUGCAAAGCAACAGAGACAUCUGCAGACAGCAAUGUCAGUCACAAAGAGAGAUGGCUUCACCCUCUCGAUAAAGCAGGCCGACAUGUGCCUAGUCUGCAUUGCCUUUGCAUCGUGGGUACUGAAGUCCACCAAUCCACAGUCCGCAGACAUGUGGAAAGCAGCUCUAUUGGCAAACGUGAGUGCCAUAUCAGCCAUCCAGUACCUGCGACAAUACAUGAACGAAGAGAAGGCUCAACUUAAACGAUGA